AUGCCCAUCCAGAUCUUUUGCUCUGUGUCAUUCUCCUCUGGAGAGGAGGCCCCCGGAUCCGUGGGAGAUAUCUGGGGUCCCCACCACCACCGGCAGCAGCAGGACAGCUCAGACUCUGAAGAAGAGGAAGAGAAAGAAAAGGAGGCAGGAACCGAGCUGGAUGUGGGUGACUCACCUAGGGACCUGGUGGCCUUUGCCAACAGCUGUACCCUCCAUGGUGCCAGGCAUGUCUUUGUGGAAGGGGGCCCAGGGCCAAGGCAGGCCCUAUGGGCAGUAGCCUUUGUCAUAGCACUGGGUGCUUUCCUGUGCCAGGUAGGGGACCGUGUUGCCUAUUACCUCAGCUACCCGCAUGUGACUUUGCUAGAUGAGGUGGCCACCACAGAGCUGGCCUUCCCAGCUGUCACCUUCUGUAACACCAAUGCUGUGCGGCUGUCCCAGCUCAGCUACCCUGACUUGCUGUACCUGGCCCCCAUGCUAGGGCUGGAUGAAAGUGACGAUCCUGGGGUGCCCCUUGCUCCACCUGGGCCAGAGGCUUUCUCCGGGGAGCCCUUUAAUCUCCAUCGUUUCUACAACCGCUCCUGCCACCGUCUGGAGGACAUGCUGCUCUAUUGUUCCUACUGUGGGGGCCCCUGUGGUCCCCACAACUUCUCAGUGGUCUUCACGCGGUAUGGAAAGUGUUACACAUUCAACUCCGGCCAAGAUGGGCGGCCUCGGCUGAAGACCAUGAAGGGUGGGACUGGCAACGGCCUGGAGAUCAUGCUGGACAUUCAGCAAGAUGAAUACUUGCCUGUGUGGGGAGAGACUGAUGAAACGUCCUUCGAAGCGGGCAUCAAGGUGCAGAUCCACAGUCAGGACGAGCCUCCUUUCAUCGACCAGCUGGGCUUUGGCGUGGCCCCAGGCUUCCAGACAUUUGUGUCUUGCCAGGAGCAGAGGCUCAUCUACCUGCCCUCACCCUGGGGCACCUGCAAUGCUGUUACCAUGGACUCGGAUUUCUUCGACUCCUACAGCAUCACUGCCUGCCGGAUCGAUUGUGAGACGCGUUACCUGGUGGAGAACUGCAACUGCCGCAUGGUGCACAUGCCAGGGGAUGCCCCGUACUGCACUCCAGAGCAGUACAAGGAGUGUGCGGACCCUGCCCUGGACUUUCUAGUGGAGAAAGACCAGGAGUACUGCGUCUGUGAGAUGCCCUGCAACCUGACCCGCUACGGCAAGGAGCUGUCCAUGGUGAAGAUUCCCAGCAAAGCCUCAGCCAAGUACCUGGCCAAGAAAUUCAACAAAUCUGAACAGUACAUAGGGGAGAACAUUCUGGUGCUGGACAUUUUCUUUGAAGUCCUCAACUAUGAGACCAUCGAGCAGAAAAAGGCCUAUGAGAUCGCAGGGCUCCUGGGUGACAUAGGCGGCCAGAUGGGAUUGUUCAUCGGGGCCAGCAUCCUCACAGUACUGGAACUCUUUGACUAUGCCUAUGAGGUCAUUAAGCACCGGCUGUGUAGACGUGGGAAGUGCCAGAAGGAGGCUAAGAGGAGCAGCGCAGACAAGGGCGUGGCGCUCAGCCUGGAUGACGUCAAAAGACACAACCCCUGCGAGAGCCUCCGAGGACAUCCUGCCGGGAUGACGUACGCUGCCAACAUCCUACCUCACCAUCCGGCUCGAGGCACGUUUGAGGACUUUACCUGCUAAGCCCUCGCAGGCCGCUGUACCAAAGGCCUAGGUGGGGAGGGCUGAGGGAGCGAGGGGCCCCCAACUGCCCCCAGCUACCCUGGGGACUUAAUUGCGCUCCUGGGCAGUGGUUCCCUCUUGUCUGUGGUGAGAACGGAGUCUUUACCAUAGAGUCCUCUCCCAGCCUCUACCCCAUCUUUUUAUUUUAACGAAAUUAAACUAAUAUAAAGAGAGAGAGAGAGAGAGAGAGAGAGAGAUCGGCCAUGACCUCAGGCCGCUCUGCUCCAUGCUGCCUCCCCUAGCUCCGAGCCUGAAUUCUGUCUGUCUGGCUGUCUGUCAUCUGAGUGUCCACCUACAUUCUGCUGCCUCCAGUCACCAAAGCCCGCUCCUAGUGAGGGGAGGAGGGGAUCUCUAGGGUCUGAGAAUGAACCUUAAGGGAGAGAGGGCUGGUGGGGGGCUUCCCUAGCCUUAAGAGAUGCUCUCAGCCAGGCGACUCCCCACGAGCCCAAGUCGACAGGACAGGUAAGGACUCCAUGCCCAGUUCUGCUCCCUCAAGUGUACGGGAUCUUUAGGGGACAGAGAAUCCCCUGAAGAAGUAGAGAUGGGGACUCUGUGUGGCCCUGGUGCUGUAGGUCACAUCCCAAUCUGUAAGUCACCUCCACCCCAAAGCUGCUGGAGAGAAAUCCCAAGAGGCAGCCCUCUCUGUGACAUCCCCUAGAAGACCUGGCUGGUUGGCUCCCAGCUCAGGAGAGGGGCGCGGCUGCCUGACCUCACUGGCUUCUCUCUUAGAGGCCUUUGCAGAGGGCCACAUCCAUAAAUUUUCUUAUGGAACAAUCCCAAAUCCUCUUCCUGACUUCAUUUGCUUCUCUCGGCAACCUCAUCUGCAUUUUCUAUUUCUAUAUGAUACAGACUCUAUAUUACUAUAACCUUGUAUAUACUCCCCUCCCACCCUGUGUGUCUCCGCUCCAUUCCCUCUUGUCUCUGAGAACCACCCUCCCACCCACCGCAAGCUCUCCCUUCUGUCUCUCCCUCCGUUCUCCUGUCUCUGAAUGCCUUUGCCUGUAUAAAGAGCUGGAUUCUCCCCUGGUGUCUGUACUGUGUACACACAUCCCUUUGAGAAGCACAAGGAGAUGACACGCGCAUUGUAACCUUCGCACUGUCUCGGUGGCCACAUAAAGGAAGCUGUGAAUUACAAGCUCUGCCUCUUUCUGGCCUCGCCCUUUGCCCCCACGACCAGGGCACCCUCUGCCCUCCCCACAGCCUUAACAUAUCCUUCUCCCUGCUCCACCUAUCCCAGUGCCCUUUGCCUGGCGGACUGCGGCCUCCCUGAGGGAGAGGUACCCCAUCCGGGAACGGGGACAUUAUGCAAUGCUGGAAACUAAGCCAAGAGGGUUACAGACAGGGGAGCUGGGGGUCAGUGCCCACUCUCGCAGCUGGGCAGUGGGUACCCACAGCGAGAAGCUGAAGCCCUCGUUCAGUGGCCUUUCUCUCCUCGGGGUGCCCAGUGCCCUGUCCUCACCUUGAUGCCCAGGCCCACCAGGUGCAUUUCCUGGCGAGCCAGGGCUUGAUCAUGUGAGGAAGAGAUGGACCUAGAGCAGAAGUUGAAAGCCCUGCUGUCCUGUGUCCCCACUGUAAGGGCCAGCAGUUGAGGUAGAGGGCUUCUCACCCCCAGCAGGCACCCUUCCCAGGCCAGAGCUCCGAUCCCCUUCCAGGCCUUCUCUGUCCCCUCUGUCUCUUGGUCUCUAAUCCCAAAACAGGAUUUAUGGGCAGAUUACCUGUGUGCGUUGGCCUGGGGCCAGAGAGUGAGGCUCUAGAAUCUUCGAGACUUCUUGCUUCCCAAGAGUUGUUUAAAGAUCAGAACUCCCCAGAAAGAAACAGGGCAAAGCUGAGAAAUGUGCCCUGGCUUGGGGGCAGCAGGAGGGGCUCUGGGUGACGCAUGUUCUGGUCUAAUAAACUGGGUUUCA